GCGCGUGAUGUAAACAGAAUAAUAAUACACAGUAGAGCUAGACCUAUGUACAACAAAAAUAUACAUCUGGUCUGAUUUAAACUCCUGAAAGUCUUUAUUUUGGAAACAAUGAUUUAUUUAUUUUACAACAGAAUAGGCCGUCCUGUAAAUUUGUAAGACUUUAAAAUUAUAAACAGUCGUUCUCUUCAUUGAUAAUAUUUUAAUCACAUUUUGUCUGUAUGAUUAUUGUUUUACACUCGUUUAAUUUUGGCACAAUUGUUUCAUUCUCUUCUGCAAUUGGUCAAGGUUAACGCCGGUAAAUACUUGGGGAAAGAGGAAUGCGUUUCCUCUGUUUCGAUUGGCUGCGGAACAAGAACCUUCGCAAUUGUAUCGUCUUGAGAUCAGCCGCAGCUGAAGCCGAACAUGUCGGAUCCCACUGUUGCAGAUACUCGCCGAUUAAACUCUAAACCACAGGAUCUCACAGAUGCGUAUGGCCCCCCAAGCAAUUUUCUUGAAAUCGACGUUUAUGACCCACAAACAAUUGGAGUUGGCCGGAACAGAUUCACCACCUAUGAAGUGCGAAUGCGGACAAAUCUUCCCAUCUUCAAACUUAAGGACUCUGUUGUGCGCAGAAGGUACAGUGAUUUUGAGUGGCUGAAGAAUGAGCUGGAGAGAGACAGUAAGAUUGUGGUGCCCCCUCUCCCUGGGAAAGCUUUAAAAAGACAGCUGCCCUUCCGAGGAGAUGAGGGUAUCUUUGAGGAGUCCUUCAUUGAGGAGCGGAGGGUAGGCUUGGAGCAGUUCAUCAACAGACUUGCAGGUCAUCCACUGGCCCAGAAUGAGCGCUGUCUUCACAUGUUCCUUCAAGAUGAGUCCAUUGACCGGAACUAUAUUCCUGGAAAAGUGUGAAUAAGCAGCCCAGGGAUGAAAAUGAUGAUCUACUCAGCCCAGCCCCUCCCCGCCCCUACACCCCCUGGCUGUUUGGCUUUAUCACUAGAGCUCACAUUGCCUCUUUCACAGGGGGCCUCCCCUCACAUCCUCCUUAACACCUGCAUCUGUGUUGGAACGCUCUGUAAAUAUGAUGUACAUAUAUACAUAUCUUAUUUGUAAUCUAUGUCUGGGGAAGCUGUCAGGAUACUUACAUACAGAGCAUUUAACUUGUAGCAGAUGUUUGAGGGUGGAGAAGGUGAAUUCAUGAAACGAGUGAGUUAGUAAGCUACCUUUUGAAACAAGAACAUUUUCUACUUGACUUUAGGCUGAGUCAUUAAGGCUAAUGAUUUUAGUAAUAGUUAACACCAAAUUAGAGAAUACUGCGUUGUUUCAGUAACAGAAGUUUGCUUCCUAACUCAUGAAUUUUGCUUGGUGAAGUAGCAUUUGGUGUAAAUUUCUCAUGUGAAAAUGACAAAGGCUCUGAAUACUUAUUCCAGAGCCCCUAGUUUUUCUUAGUUAUAGAGAUUGAUCUCUAGAUUUUCAAAGGGAAACCUGGCCCACCUGACUUGCCAAACACAAAGAAAACUAUUAUAUUACGUCCCAUUAAAAUACUAUUUUAUUCAUGUACUUGACAAUUCAUUCAUGAAUCUUGAUUGAGGAAUGAUUCCACACUAGAAUUGUAUUUUUGCGAAGAAUUAUGAUUGAGUUUUUGGGGACAAAUAUUCAUACAAUCUCAAUUGUCAUCAAAGAUUUCCAUGGCACUUGCUGCAAUAGCAGGGAUGUUAACCCCGAUCUUCUUGGGAAAACUCCCAACCUAGCUUCUCACCACCAUGGCCACAUAAUCGUUCUAAACAUCUCUUCUCUACUGCAACACUAUUGUAGGAUUUUUUUGUUUGUUUUAACUUGUGAAAUAAAGGUUGAUCGAUGGCAAAAAAGAAUGUCCAGCAGGAUACAUAUUUUUACACUUGCUGAUCCAGGGUUGUGUCUCAGAAGGAAAUGUAUGCAGUGUUUUGAUGCAACUGUUCACUCAUAUCUGUUGAAUGUGUGGGGUGAGGCUGAUUGUACAAAGAUCGGCCCUCUCAGUCUGAUUGCCCUGCAGCCCUGACAAUCACCCUUCACACCGCUGUUUAUCCAACCAAUCGGCGCUUGGAUGCGAGAAGAAGUAAUUAUUGCCUAAUGUCUAUACAGAAUUAUAGGGGCCUCUAGUGGCCAAAAGUCCGUAUUGGCAUGGGCAGCUCCAUUGAGGGCUUCCAUCGUUUUAAUGUAGUCAAUUGGGUGGGACUUCCAACUUCAUUUGCUGAUCCCUCUUGGUAACUUUGCUGGAGUCAUGUCUUACCGGGUCCUCGAGUGAUCAGCUGAUCGUGAAGAAAAUUGACAUCUUCAAAAUGGAGAUCGCCUCAAUGGAACUGCCCAUGCUGUGACAGAAGACACUAACAUAGAUGAGUCCAUCUAUCUAUGGUAAUGACAGACUCCCACAGGAAAACAUAUCUUCCUAUCAUCCAUUGAACCUAACCACACAACCAUAAAGAACUAUCUCUGAUGGAAACAGCUGUGUGUUGGUGACAAGACAAGUGCUCAGUAUGGGCCUGAACAUCUACCCUGACAGCACUAUAGUGGGCAAACCAAAACUAAUCAGCAUUAAAUGUACAUGCAUAGCCAACCGCUCAGAAAAGCUCCAGCCAAACCUUUUUUCAUGGUCCUAGUUCUUGCUGGAUAUAGCGAGCAACAAUUUUUUUCAAUGAUGCAGCCGGACAUUUUUGGUAAUCAAGCAACAAAGACAGUCCCUGCUGCCCUGUGAUUGUACUGUGCCUUCCUCGGACAUCCUCGGCCUCACCUCAACAAAUCGAAUGGCUACUCGACAAACAUUUAAUUGGGGUUUUAUAUGUUCAUGUGUAUUUUCCCGACAUUCAAAUACAUAAAGGCUGAUUGUUGCUUAUUGUUUUUUUAUUAACGUUAUUGGCCACAGUGUAAUGUUAGUUUAUUAAACGAUUAUGAAAAUAUA